AGAAAAACUAUUAAUAGUUUAAAUAAACUCGAAAAGAACAAACAUUUGCACAUAGAAUUAAGAAUUUCUAGAAAAAUGAAAGCUAAGAUAUACUCAAUUUAUGAUAUUUUCUCUUUAGCGCAAUCUGAUCACUGUUCUGUAGAACUAUUAUAUAUUAGCUAAGAGAAAUAAAUCUUUCUAGAUAAUGGGGCUAUCAAUCUUUCUCUUUAAUUGGAAAAAUGCACUAAUUUAAAAUACUUAGAACUUUAACUUAUGUACAGUUUUAUCACCUAUACUGGCGCGUAAUCUUUAGGGAGAGGUUUAUCAAAUCUUACCAAACUUUAAGAUGUCAAUAUAAAUUUGAGAAGAAACAGCAUUAAAUGCGAAGGUUUAAUUGAAUUAAUUAAUGGAUUGUCUGGAUAAAUUAAUCUUAGAAAUCUUGAAUUGGAUAUUGGUGAAAAUUAUUUAGAUGAUGAUACUGUUUCUAAGUUGUUUUCAUGCAUUUAUUAAUUCAAAGAUCUCUCUAUGGUAUCGAUUGACAUUUCAGAAAAUAAUUUAACAGAAAAAUGCACUUUAGGUGCAUAGCAGGGUUUUUCAUCCAACAUCCUAUUUAGCCAACUAUAAAUUAACUUUAAUUGGAAUAAAAUCGGAGAUACUGGGUUGCUUUAUUUUGGAAAGGGGAUUUCUAAAUGUUCCAACCUAAGAAAAUUAAGUCUCAACCUAGAAUGGAACUAAAUUACUGAACAAGGAAUUGCAGAUUUGAGUUAGGGUCUUUCAAACUGUGUAUUUUUAAAUGAAUUAUAACUAAACUUAUACAAAAAUGAAAUUAAAGAAGAAGGACUUUAAAAACUAGGACAAACUUUAAUUAAUUGCACUAAUUUAUAUUUUCUACAAAUAAACUAUCCUAACUUUUUUGCAACCAAAUCAUUUGUGAAUAAUGGGAUGUCUGAGCUUAUCAAGCAUCUCUCUCAGUAAGAAUAACUAAAAAAUCUAUCACUAGAUUUUAGUAAAUAAAAUAUUACUGAAUCUGCUUGCAUAAAUCUUGGCUAAUCAAUUGCAUUAUGUACGCAUCUUUAAUACCUGACAAUAAACUUACAAGAUAAUUGUAUCUAGCAAAACGGAGCAGAAAGCUUAGGUAAAGGCAUCAAUAGUUGUGGAGUUAAUCUUAAAUCCUUGAACUUAAAUUUAUAUGGUAAUAUUAUCGAAGAUAAAGGUCUUGAAUAUAUUGGUAAUGGUAUUCUUAGCUGCAAUAAACUCACUUAUUUAAAUCUGAAUUGUAGUAGAACAGCUAUUGGCGAUAAUGGUAUUAUAGGGUUAUCUAAGGGCUUAUAAAAUUGCAAGGAACUAAAAGAUCUCAUACUUAAUUUUUCAUCAAAUAAAGUGAAACAAAAUGGUAGUAUUAGCUUAGGCAACAUAUUUGACAAAUUGUUAAAUCUUUAAGUUUUAUCUAUCAAUGUUUUAGGUAACUCAGUAAGUAGUAUAGGAGCAUAAAAAUUAACUUAUAAGUUAAGAUUUUGCACAAAACUUAAGAGCUUAACUCUUAAUUUUGGAGUAUAGUCUCUUAUUGAAAGAAUAGUUGAUUCUGAUUUUAGUUAAAUUAGUGAGUCUAUAUAAAUGCUAUCAUAAUUGAAAGUUUUGCAAUUAAAUUUAAGUAAGUAGCAGAGCAUCUCUUUUAAUGGAGUUAGCUGCCUUUUUCAAAUAAAUAAUUUAAAAUAUUUAAUGUAUUUGACAAUAGACCUAUAUUAAAACAUCUAUUCUAAAGCUAAUUAAUAGAAACUAAAAUCUUAUAUAAUGAAAUCAAAAAGAUUAGUUUUCUUUUCAAUCAGAUUUUGAAAAUUCAAUGAGAUUAAACUAUUUAUUUAUAUGUUUAUAUUUUGAAUAGAGUUGGAUCAAAUAUUCACUUCAGAAAAUAUAGAAU